AUGGCACCGAUCGCUGUUUCGCCACCACAAUCACCAUCCACACAGCCCGUCGCCGACGAGGCCUCGCUACAAUCCUACCGUGGCUACCACCACGUGCACUGGUGGGUAGGCAAUGCGAAGCAAGCCGCUACUUACUAUGUGACGCGCAUGGGCUUUGAGCGCGUCGCGUACAAGGGCCUCGAGACCAAGUCCCGCGCCGUGGCCUCGCACGUCGUGCGCAACGGCGGCGUGACCUUCGUACUCAGCAGUCCGCUACGCAGCCUCGAAGCGGUCGAGAAGGGUGCCGAGUUCAGCGAGGAGGAGAAGGCGUCGGUGCGGGAGAUGCACGCGCACAUGGAGAAGCACGGCGAUGCCGUCAAGGACGUCGCCUUCGAAGUCGACUCGGUCGACGGUGUCUACGAAUCCGCCGUCGCGGCCGGCGCCGCCGUCGUGAGCGCGCCGCACACGCAGUCCUCAGGCUCCGACGGCGCCGUCCGCCUCGCCACCAUCAGGACGUACGGCGACACGACGCACACGCUGAUCCAGAAGCUCGACUACACCGGCACCUUCCUGCCGGGCUACCGCGCCGAGACGACCAUCGACCCCGUGUCCCGCUUCCUGCCGAAGAUCGAGCUCGAAGCCAUCGACCACUGCGUCGGGAACCAGGAUUGGGACGAGAUGGAGGGCGCGUGCGAGUACUACGAGCGCAUGCUCGGCUUCCACCGCUUCUGGAGCGUCGACGACAAGGACAUUUGCACCGAGUACUCGGCCCUCAAAUCCAUCGUCAUGUCCUCGCCCAACGACGUGGUCAAGAUGCCCAUCAACGAGCCGGCGCACGGCAAGAAGCAGUCGCAGAUCGAAGAGUACAUCGCGUUCAACUCGGGCGCGGGCGUGCAGCACAUCGCGCUGCGCACCGACGACAUCCUGGCCGCCAUCACCAACCUCAAGGCCCGCGGCGUCGAGUUCAUCAAGGUCCCCGACACCUACUACGCCGCCAUGCGCGAGCGCCUCGCCCGCACCGCGAAAGCAAACCGCUGGCAGCUGCAGGAGGACUUUGACCGCAUCCAGGCCCUCGACGUGCUGAUCGACUUUGACGAGGGCGGCUACCUGCUGCAGCUGUUUACGAAGCAUUUGAUGGACCGCCCGACGGUGUUCGUCGAGAUUAUUCAGAGGAGGAAUUUUGAGGGGUUUGGGGCGGGGAACUUCAAGAGCUUGUUUGAGGCGAUUGAGAGGGAGCAGGAGUUGAGAGGGAACUUGGUGUGA